AUGGAUACCAUGUUGGAAGCCAGACUCCAAACCCAGCAGAGGAACACCCAGAACAGCCAGGAGACCAGCUUGUGGUCCUCAGGCUUUGGGAUGAAGCUGGAGGCUGUUACCCCAUUCUUGGGGAAAUAUCGCCCCUUUGUGGGUCGCUGCUGCCAAACCUGCACUCCCAAGAGCUGGGAGUCCCUCUUCCACAGAAGCAUAAUGGAUCUAGGCUUCUGCAAUGUGGUCCUGGUGAAGGAGGAGAACACCAGGUUUCGGGGCUGGCUGGUUCGGAGGCUCUGCUAUUUCUUAUGGUCACUGGAGCAGCGCAUACCGCCCUGUCAAGAUGCCCCACAGAAGAUCAUGGAAAGCACUCGGGUGCAGAAUGUCAUCUCAGGGAGGGUCCCAGGAGGGGCUGGGGAAGGCCAGGUACCAGGCCUUGUGAAGAAAGAGGUACAGCGCAUCUUGGGCCAUAUCCAGGCUCCAAUCCAUCCCUUCCUGCUCAGGCUGUUCAGCUGGGCACUGCUGCGGUUCCUGAACUGUGUCUUCCUGAACGUGCAGCUCCACAAGGGCCAGAUGAAGAUGGUCCACAAGGCCUCACAGGCAGGCUUGCCGCUUGUCCUCCUCUCUACCCACAAGUCACUCCUGGAUGGGAUCCUGCUGCCCUUUGUGCUGCUCUCCCAAGGCCUGGGUGUGCUCCGUGUGGUUUGGGACUCCCGCACCUGCUCCCCCACCCUCAGAGCUCUGCUAAAGAAGCUUGGGGGGCUUUUCUUGCCCCCAGAGGCCAACCUCACCCUGGACAGCCCUGAGGGGGUCCUUGCAAGGGCUGUGGUCCAUGCUGCUAUGGAGCAGCUGUUGGUCAGCAGGCAGCCCUUGCUCAUAUUCCUGGAGGAGCAUCCUGGGGCCCAGGGGCCUCGGCUGUCAGCCCUGGGCCAGACCUGGCUGGGACUGGUGGUACAGGCUGUCCAGGUGGGCGUCAUCCCAGAUGCCAUGCUAGUUCCAGUGGCUAUCACCUAUGACCUGGUUCCAGAUGCACCCUGUGAUGUAUACCAUGCCUUGGCCCCACUGGGGUUGUGGACAGGAGCACUGGCUGUCCUGCGGAGCCUGCGAGGCUGGGGCCACAGCCCCAGGGUCUGUGUCCGUGUGCACCUGGCCCAGCCCUUCUCCCUACAGGAAUACACCAUCAACGCCAGAAGCUGCUGGGGCAGCAGGCAGACCCUGGAGCAGCUGCUGCAGCCCAUCGUGCUGGGCCAAUGUACUACUGUCCCAGACACUGAGAAGGAGCAGGAGUGGACUCCAGCAACUGGGCCCCUUCUGGCAUUUAAGGAAGAGGACCAGCUCCUGGUCAGGAGGCUGAGUCGUCAUGUCCUGAAUGCCAGUGUGACCAGCUCGGCAGUGAUGAGCACGGCCAUCAUGGCAACACUGCUGCUCUUCAAGCAUCAGAAGGGUGUGUUCCUGUCCCAGCUUCUGGGGGAGUUCUCCUGGCUGACCGAGGAGACGCUACUGCGUGGCUUUGACGUGGGCUUCUCGGGGCAGUUGCGGUGUCUUGUGCAGCACACGCUGAGCCUGCUACGGGCGCAUGUGGCCCUGCUGCGCGUCCAUCAGGGGGACUUGCUGGUAGUUCCUCGGCCAGGCCCGGGUCUCACACACCUGGCACGCCUGAGCGCCGAGCUGCUACCUGCCUUCUUGAGUGAAGCUGUAGGUGCCUGCGCUGUUCGGGGGCUGCUGGCAGGCAGAGUGCCGCCUGAGGGGCCCUGGGAGCUACAGGGCAUCGAGCUGCUGAGCCAGAACGAGCUGUACCGCCAGAUCCUGCUGCUGCUGCACCUGGUGCCCCAGGACCUGCUGCUGCUGCAGCCCUGCCAGUCUUCCUACUGCUACUGUCAGGAAGUGCUGGACCGUCUUAUCCAGUGUGGGCUCCUGGUUGCUGAGGAGACCCCAGGCUCCCGGCCAGCCUGUGACACAGGGCGGCAGCGUUUAAGUGCAAAGCUGCUGUGGAAACCGAGUGGGGACUUUACUGAUAGUGACAGUGACAACUUCGAGGAGGCUGAGGGCCGGUACUUCAGGCUCAGUCAGCAGUCACGCUGCCCUGACUUCUUCCUCUUCCUCUGCCGCCUGCUUAGCCCGCUGCUCAAGGCCUUCGCACAGGCUGCCACCUUCCUUCACCGGGGACAGCUGCCGGAUACGGAGUCCGGCUACACGGAGCAGCUCUUGCAGUUCUUGCAGGCCACUGCCCAGGAGGAAGGGUCCUUUGAGUGUGCAGACCGAAAUCUUGCCAUCAGUGCUAUCUGGACCUUCAGAGAUCUGGGGGUGCUGCAGCAGAUGCCCAGCCCUGCAGGUCCCAUGCUCUACCUGUCCCCUACGUUCACCAGCCGGGAAAAUCAGGAAAAGCUGGAACAGUUCAUCUGGCAGUUCAUUUGUAGCUAG